ACACCGCCCCCUGUAUGAUAAACAACCAAUCAACGGCUUGUAUACUCAUGGCUAGUUUUGAUCAGCCAAUCACUGCGCGGCAUACACAAAGGUUACAACUUCAACUUCCUAGCGGGAAGCGGCUAUCGGGGAACAGUCCACAGGCAUCGGGAAUACAUGAUACAUACGGAAGCUAAUCAAAGGACGAUGAAACUGUCCCGUGCUGAGUAUAAAGCGAUAGUGCGAUGGACGGAGCAUCUGAGACCCACACGCCAGUGCAUGAAGAUGUUAAAGGAACAAUUCCCCAAGCAGCUCCAUGCCCUGAAGAGUCACACCAUGCAACACUUCCUGCAUGCAGAUCCACCAAAUGUCACUCGCAGUCCACUCUUCUGAGCAUCUUCUCCCUGGAGUACCAGAAACGAACAAAAAGAACAAUCUCAAGGCAUCAUGCACCAGAGGUUAUAGAGAGCCACUACCAACGGUAUCUGAGUGAAGCCAAGGCACAUCCCACUGCUCCUGUUCUGUUGCAGUUGGCCAAUGAGGUGGACCUGUCUCCUGCAUUGAUGGCUAGAUUAAUCCUGGACAGGUUUCUGCAAGACCUGGAGGGUGGAAUGCCCUCCAAAACGCUUCUGAACAGUAUGCUUAAGGAGCCAUCUUUAAUCCCAGAUCUUCUUUUGGCCAACAACAUCUACCAAUGCACAAUAAAUGACUGCUGUUAUGGACCGCUGGUAGACUGCAUCAAACAUGCUAUUGGACAAGAGCAUGAGGUGCUGCUCUGUGACAAACUGAAGGAGAGGAACCUUUCCUUUCUAGAUGAAAACCAACUCAGAGCUAAAGGCUAUGACAAAACGCCUGAUAUCAUCCUGGAGGUUCCAGUUGCUGUGGAGGGACACAUUGUGCACUGGAUUGAGAGCAAAGCCUCAUUUGGCGAUGACCACAGCCACCGCACUUAUCUGAACGAACAGUUCUGGAGUUACUGGAACAGAUGGCAUUCCAGCUGUCACUUGAGGUUUGGUCCGGGCCUUGUGAUUUACUGGUACGGUUUCAUCGGCGAGCUGGACUGCCAGAGAGACCGAGGCAUCCUGCUCAAGGACUGCUUCCCCACAGAUAUUGUUACGCUGUGCCACGCCUCCCAACAGGAGCGAGCGCCACGAGCGCCUGAAUAGGGACAAACGGCGACAAAAGCCAAGGAGUGGAGUGAAAGGACAACACAAGUAAAGAUGGGAGGAUGAAUGGAAGGAAAGGACGAGGGGGUGGGAAAGUAUGCUGAGGCGGAGACCUGAAUCCGGAAGCAAUUUGGCUUUCCUGCAGUGUGAGACCACUGGCAGACAAUCUGUCCUGAACUCCACCUGACCCUCUGGGCCCAGUCUGUCUCCUCUGCAGCAGCAGCCGCUGUAUCUGCCAGCACAGGGUCAGAUUCUCACCUGUGAAGCAUUGGUGGUGGUCAGCUCCUGGCCCCUGGACGGCCUUUUACAAUGGUCAGCCAGGGCCAAAGCAGGACACGGGCCCUUUCCUUAUCACACCCAAAGCCCUGGCCUUUGUCACUUUUCCUCCUCGGUUCCGUAGGCAGAUAAGCGAGGUGCGGUCCGGGGGCUGGGUGGACGCCUGUCUCUCACCUGCGUCACUCGGUGCCCUCACAGUCACACUCCAGGGGGGUAAACAGGAUCAUUUCUGAUUAAGGAUGCCCUCGCUCUGACCCCUUUCAAAAGUCUUCAGUGUUGCCAAAACCUUCAUUUUAUUACACAUUUACCUUUCACUUUAAGGUCAGUCAUCUUUUCAUGACACUAAAAAGUGUAGAGAUUGUAAAAAUAAAAUGAUUUUUGUUGGGUUCUUCCUCACACUGAAUGUUUAAAACCUAAAACAAAUUGGUACAUUUUGGAUACUUAGUUCAGGUCAGCUUUCAGUAGCUCCUGCUAUAUUGUCGAUCACAUACAUCUCUAUACUUACUAUGCAUCUCUGUAUGUUAAUCCUUAUACCUGCCUCAGGGCACCUACUGUGGAAACACCUGAUUUCCAUGUAAAGGUGCAUGUGACUAUCCAGCAGUUAUCAGUUGCACAUCUCUACAAGCCCAGUAGCUUUUAUGUGCAGACACUAACGGAAGAAACACAGUCAGGCUUGGGGAACCAGACGUGAACAUAAAGUUGAGUGAUGCCUGUAGAGGCAGAUAUGUGCCACCUAUAGACGGGUCCCCCUUCCUGUUCUUCAGCCUGCAUCUACUGUAUCAGCAUACAGGAAAGUUAACAAAGGCAGUGAAAUUAACAUUUAAAUGUCUGAUUCCCUUUGACGUGACCACAGUGUAACUGGUCCUAAGCCUGAUCUACUCUAUCAUAUGGAAUGUGGUCACCUGUCAUGCACCUCUCACACAGUUACAGAGAUAUGGUAUGUGGAGGGGGGGGUGGGGGUUAAAUGCUACUAAAGUGUUGCUUGAUUUGUUACCCUUAAACCUCUAACCCUCAGCCUGCUUCCAUCUAGGCCUUGAUCCCUCCGUGAGGAGGCCAGUGGGUCACGGUGGGGUCACCAGGCGGCCAUGGCUUCCUCUGUCAGGCCCCACGCUCCAUGUGGUACAAAACAACUGUCCCCAUGUGUCCAGUUAAAUUCGGCCCUAUUGCCUGGCAAUGGAAUGCUUAGACAUCAGUUUAUGGCUCCUGUUGGACACAAAAACAGAGCUAUUUUACUCGGGGAGGGAAAAUUCUCAGUUGAAUAAGAACCGAAAAAAAUGGAAAACAGCACAUUCAGUUCCUCUCAAGUUUCAAGCCUUCCUGCCAUUGUUUUCCAAGAUGGCUGUCACACAAAAGAGGAGCCAGGGUCAACUCCUAUAAAUUAGGUUUUGCACACAAUGCAAACUUUUGAUCAAAGCUUUUUUUAAACCUACUUCAAAGGGUGAGGGGUUGACAUCUGCAUCAGCUGGACAAAUUUUCAUGAUGUGAGUACAAGGGGGGGGGCUUCCAUCUGAUGAUGUUGGAGCACUCGAUGUCUGUAUUUUGUUGUUUUCCAUGUCUCUCAACUCCUUUUAGAUUCAUUGUUCAUGUCACAACAAUGGGGAACUCGAGUGCACUCCAAAUAAGGUCAGUUUGGAGCGGUCACUUCCUGUGACCAGGAACGUCAGGACUUAACAUACAGUAUUUAUUCACUGAAGCACUUAUUUUGCAUACGAUAAUAAUCAAUUUCCAGAAAAAGAAGUUUGAAAGCUUAUUAUUCUUUUGUCAAAGUACAGCAUGCGAAAGGUUUUUAUUCUGUGUUGUAAUAAUGGUUACAAUUCCUGGAUCUGUGAUUCCCGCGUGUCAGAUUAGUUUGAAGCACUUCACAGCAACCGCUCUGUCUGGCCUCGACCCGUGGCCUAUUUGGAUGUACAUCUUGGCCCAGUGUUUUCCAGAUCCAGCUGUUUUAUGCGUCUUCAGUCAAGCUGCUAGAUAGACCUCUGAGGUGCAGAAUAUGAGAAAGGAGGAGAUAAUCAGAGAGCGGCUGAAGGGUAGCUCCCAUCCUUCCAGCAGACCACCGAACAGACUUCCUCCACGCUCCUGUGUUAUUUAUGUGGAGAGAGUUCUGGCCUGUUUCUGCCCUGGGCUGCACAGUGCUUUUAGUAGGGAUCCUCUCAGCCAGCAAGACAUCACAGGGUGGAAAUAAAUAAGGUUUUCCUAGAAGAGUCAGACCAGCCAGUUUGAAAUGAAGAAGGGGAGUUUGAGAGGGGCCUGAAUAACAGCGCUGUGAAAAAAGUGGCCUCUUUGCACUGUGGAAGUAGAUACGAAGAGAUUUCAUUUUUAUUUUUAGGACGCGCUGCCUGCUAAUCAGAGGCGGUUAUUUAAAAACAACAAUGGAGCUUGAGAAAAAUGGUCUGGGGGAUUUUAAAUGGCAAAUCUGUGGACGUUUGAUUGACAGGAUAGAGGGCAGCUGGUAUGUUCUGAGGGAAGCUGAACAACUAUGACACGUGAGUCUACUCAGAGGGGCAGGGGAUGUGGGGCGAUUUAGCUUAGUGCUGUGUGAGUCACUGGGAGUGCAGGACAAGCGGAGACGAGGCUCAGAGCCGGGAAAAAAAAAAAAAACACACCCUGCAAAAAUUAUACUUGACACUGAUGUGACAUUGGAUCACAUGCAUUCAGGGCCCGACCAGUGAAAUGUUCCUUUUUUGACAUCCCGAAAUGAGCAACUGGAGUGGCUUUGCGCUAAAAGGAAUGCUUGGCUGGGAAAGCGUGUGGUAGCGGGUGCGCUGUGUCGAGGGGAGGAGGUGUUGACUGGGUUUCUCGCUAAUUGAGGUAUCCCGUCCAGAGCCAAGCGCUCAUUUAUAAAAACGGUGGCAGUCGCCGCGUAACCCGCGCCUUCAGAUGAACCCAGGAGGCAUAUGUGGCGUUCCUCCCAGGGAGACGUGAUACGCCGCGCGUCCUGUUUCGAGCCACUGACGGUCCUGAAUCCCUCUUGCACAUCCGCCAUGUUUUGCAGUGGCUUUUUUUUUCUUUUUUUUUUUUUUUUUUUGCUUGUCGGCUUUGAUUUGUCACGAUAGUUUUAAGUACGUAUUGUGGUGUUUUUUAAAGGAGGGGAGGUGGGGAGUACCAGAGAGGAGCAGGGGGAAAAGGUCCGCGGAGCGUGCGUGUGUGGUUGGAACCACAGGGGUGACAGCCUGCGCGGAGGCCGCCCUCUCCAGCAUCCACCGCCGGAAAAGGUCGUCCCCCCUGAGUGGCAUUUGCUCCGUGACAGAAGUGACCUAGAAACCGCGCCGUCUCCUGUUCACAGCGAGGGUCCGGAGGAGGCCCGGCCGCGGCCACAGGUACGCGGGCGGGCGGGCGGCGGGCCGCGGCGGGGGUGGAGGAGGAGCGCCCGUGACAUUCUGAGAGAUGAGAGGAAAACGAGUCGGGGGGGAAAACGGCUUGUUGUGAGACUAGAGACAGAAUCGGAGUCAGACGAAAUGCCCUCUACUUCGGAGCAGGGGCCUCGUGAGAGCUGUCGCAAGCUUGUUAUUAUGAAAUGAGUGGAGCGUGGAGGAGGGCUCUACUGUAUGUGCGCGGUGGUGGUCAUAGGGACGUGCGCGCCUAUUAUGGGAUGCGUGGAGCAAGGGCUGAGGUUGGUGUUGAGAGCCGAGCUCCCAUCCAGGGCUUAAUCAGAGCCACUAAUCCAGCUGAUAGCGGCCGGGUCUGGCCCGGCCCGGCACACGGCGCCGGUCCCACGCGCAUUCACAAGCAUCCGCGCGUUCGUCAAAACACGCCUCGCGUCCAUUUAUCACGGCGCAAUAAAUCCUGGCCUCAAAUCCUGAUGCACAGAUGAGACGACGACGACUCCAUUAUGUGCCGACUCGGCUUAAUUUUGGAAAUAUUUGAAAGAGCAGAUGCGAUUGGUUAUUUUAUUGAAUUGUCGCCACGGGCAACAUAAUAUUUUUGUGCUGGGAAACGGUGAAAAGGGGCAGGGAUGGAAGCAGCCGUCGGGCCGGAGGAGUCCAGAUAAGGAAGCGAGCAGAGGAAGAGGGGCCUGGAUUUAACUUUUCUCUGUUUGUGUGCGAGAUGCUUUAUGAGGAUUCUGUGGUGCCUUCACUGUGCUCAGCAAUUAAGUGUUUGGCUGAAAGCUCAGUGCCAGUUACAGAGCUCCGCAUCUAGAGAAAUGUGAGCCAUUUAUCACUUUUACAACCCCCCCCCCCCCAUACCCAGACCACCACCUCGUGUCCUUGAGUUCCCAGAGACAGGUAAAUAUACACUUGCAUCCGUCCACACGUCCCACUCGGUCCAUGUUUGACGUACAGGAGGUCAGCCUGCGAGGGAUCGAUGUUGCAAUUCAUCCGUAACGGCCUGAUGAUGUCAUGUUGCGGUGCACUGUGGGUUACGAGUCCACGGGCCUGUUGCUGCGGGGCGGCGGCAGUCACCGCAACGCGUCCUGACUCGGUCCUGCGCGUCCUCCGCUCUACUGUAACUCCAGCGCGUCGGCCCUCUGACAACAUCCCGGUCCCACAGGGAUCAUCACCAGGUUACACAAGAGGGGAAGGAAUGAAUGGAGCGACGUGAUGUUGUCAUUCAAAUGCAAUGGAUCACUUGAACUCCAUUGCCCUGUUGUAAUGACCCCGUGUAAGGGCCUGUAAUGUGGUUUUCCCAUUGGGUUUGAGAGAAACCCUACGCCGGGCCAUUCAGGUGUGCAAUAAAGUGCUUUUCACUUUCUGAGGACUUCCUGUCUCCAGUGGCGUUCUCCAUUAACUCCUCACAGACAGACAAGAGGCUUUCUAUUGGCCCAGGCCCUUUUUAUCGCAGCAGUUAUUCCCCCCAGGUACGGCGCUACCUGGCCCGCAGAUAAGAUAGGGAGCCGGCUGCCUGUCAUUAUUGGCAGAUGAAGGCUAUCUGAAUAUUGACAACACUUUACACUCCUUGUUGAGAAACAAAAAUUGGACUUGUGAGACGUUCGCACACAGGGCUUUUAUUGUCUGGGAGAGAUAUGAAAAGCCAGGUUCCCAGUGGUCACACACCCAAAUAGCCUUAUGUCACAGCUUGUGCCCCCCUCCCCUCCAGUUGGCUACUAUUUAUUCCCACCAGCUGUAGUGAUGGGCUAAAAAAGUUCUUGACACCAGCUAUAGCUUUUCAUCGCUGCAGCUCCCCACCGCUAACAAGGCGCGCGCGCGCGCGCGAGCCUCUGUCCUGCCUUUCCCAUAGUUUGUGUUCAUCAAACGAACGACACGCACGAGUUAUCACAGGAUUUAUUUUGUGGCGAUGUUGAGCACCUAAAAAGCAAACACACAACAGAGUGAGGGGGGAGAAUGGUGCCGCUGCAGACUGAUGCGUAAACGCGCUUCUCUUCGCGUGGAUGCGUCGACGUUCCUACGGUUUCUCCUGUAAAGUAAAACGAGGAUUAACUCCUCGUCGUUACGCACCUUGAGCGCUGUCUUUAUUUUGCCCUUUCGGUUUUGUCUGGUAAAGAACACGAUACCGGUGUCAGCCCUGAGGAAAUGUGUAAAAUGGAAGACUUUUUUUUUUUUAACGGGAAAAGCCACCGCGUUUUGCUUUCGACUUACUAAAUUUAAAUUAAUUUUAUUUUUCCGCGGAGCUAAGUGCGAUAGAGAUGUCCACAACUCCCGAGUAAACGAAGUGAUUCCCUUUUCCCUUCCGUUUAAAAAAUGUAAAGGUUUUGAUUUCCUUUUACUUUAAAAAAAACAUAAAUUCGUUUUAAUGAACCUCCACAGGCCUAUCAGUUCUGAACGGUUAUGACAUAAUUACAAAAAUAUAUCUCAUAUUAUCAUUAAUAAUAUUAAAAAACACUGAUGCCCCUUGCUGUUGGUUUUACACACGUAUUUGUCCAUUAUUCUUGUGAACAUUAUUUAAACGGUGCACGCGUCAGAAGUCCACCACCUCUGCGUCUCCUUGAUAUUUCCUCACAAGGAAACGUUAGUGCGUAACUCCAUCCCAGUGACACCAGUCUCCCGCUCCUUGUCCUCCCUGCGCCUUUAGACUUUUUUCGCACAGACCUCUUCGCCAUUUAACUGUUUAGAAAAAAAAACAAGAAGGUUUCAACUGCCAUCCGAGACGGUAAUGGCUACCGAUUCUAUACUUUCAGUCAUAAUCUUCAAGUGGGCUGUGAUUAAUGAUGUCAGGGUCCUUCAGGCCCCUGCCUGGAUGACUUCAGCCCUCUUCAAACUCUCUCUCUCUCUCCCUCUCUCUCUCUCACUCAUUUAAACGCACACGUGGAUUCCACCGUGCAGCCUCUUCCAGAGAUGUUGCGGUUGCAUGUUAUGAAUUGCUCAUUUCUGUGUGUGUGUGUGUGUGUGUGUGUGUGUGUGUCUCAGGAAGGGGAGCCGGGCAACAAGUCCCCAGGUGCAAAGCAUAGUAUUGACCCUACAAUCCAUCUGUAUUGAUUUUACCAUCAACGUUGCCGCCUAAUACAUGCAUAAGGAGCUUUAUACCUGUGAGUAAAUAUGAGAUGAGAGUCUGUGGAGGUCACAUUUACUGCAGCAGGUCAGAUUCUUAUCAUCUUAGAGGAUAUGAGGGGAUAAAAAUGGCGGGGGCUCGUUUUGCCUGACUUCCUGCUGCUGCUGCAAAAAAAUAGAUAUUACAAUAAUAAUCUGAGCGCAGAGAUUCUCGAUGUUGGAACCGAAAUAGUGAACGAACGCGUGUCUGGAGAAAGACAGAGGCCGCGUCUUCUUCAUAAACACAUUUACUUUGGCCUCCAGAAGGGGUCGCCAUCAUGUAAUAACAGUGCGCCCAAGGGUGUGGUGGGGAGGGGGUCUUCCUCCUCCUAUCUCUCGCUCCAAAAACACAACGAGCAUCUGUAUAUUUCGGUUUUUAAUGGACCCGAAGCGCGCGCGCGAGCGCAGUGCUUAUAGAAAUAUCCACGUAAAUCAAUACAAUUUCACAUUUAGCCCGUGAUGUUCUUUUCCUCUUAUCGUCCCUGUCUCCCCCUCAUCUUCCUCCUCCUCCUCCUCCUCCUCCUCUCAGCCCUCUUCUGUUAUUUACAGUUCUUGUGAAAUGUCUCACUUUGCUGCCCUCGGCUACCCGCAAGAUAUUUCGGGCCCUUUUUUUAAGCUCUCAAAAUAACCGUAGGAAAUUAAGAAUAUAAAAAAAAACCUCCACUUAGGACAACAUCCCAUAAAUUAAGGCAAUCGAUGUUUUCGCCGCUCACUGUUAGGACGUUCGUCUCAUAAUGGAAUAAUGCCAGAUUUAUUUGCGAAUCUUAUGGGUUCUCAAGCCAUAAACCGUGAUUAUUUCACUGGAAAAACCGGUCAAAUGUUGACAACCUUGGGGCCAUUAUAAUGCAGCACUGGAGAAGGCAACAUAAUGAGGGAAAUACGGCGGGCCCCAGGCUUGCCUAAUUAAAUCUUAACUGAUUGAAAUAAAGGUUUGAGUACCUCAAGGCUUGACUAAACUCCGGCUAUUUCCCUUUUUAUUGCGCUUUAUUUAUUCCGCGCUCGCAUGCCCUCUCUUCCUGCCUCUCGAGCAUCCGCCUCACAACUGGACACUGCAAUUUUCAGCUCCUGCUAAUUCCAAGCCCCCGUAGCUAUGUUAUUUGACUAAUUAUAAUUUUUACAUCAUUAAGAUUUAUUUUUUUGGUGUGUGUGUGUGUGUGUGUGUGUGUCGCGGAAGGAGGGGGCGUGUGGGGUUGACUGACACUCAUUUUUAAGGAGACAAGCGCCGCUGAAGUGUGAAAAAAAAUCCUCUGGCUCGUGCAGUCGCGGUCAAGCGCAAAAAAAGUCCUCAAUAUCACCCAUCUAGUUAAAGAUUAAUUAAAGUGUUUACCCAGAAAAAACACUGACAAGCCUGAAAACAUAACAAAACGUGUUUUUAAUAAGCUACAACUAAUAAAAUCACCUUUCAUUUAAAGCGUGAUAUUAUGUUAUCAUAAUAUUCUAGACAUUUUAUUUUUUAAUAUAUAUAUAUAUAUUUUUUUUUUAUUAAAAUGCAAUCGAAUGAAUAAGGCUCAUGUUGUGAAAGGGCCAGCAGAGGCAGGACUAUCUCCAGACGCGCUCCUUCCUCCAUUGUCUGAGGAAAUACUAUCAUAAAUGAUAAAUAGAUAAUGGAGCUGUCUCCUGCAGACACGUUCAUCAGCGGUAAAUGGGAGCUGGCGCGCAGCACCACGGAGAAUUAAGGCGAAAGAGUUUGCAACAUUCCUGCAGGGGAUAAGUUGUUGACAAUUAAAGAACACACACACACACACACGGAGAGGAAGGAAGUACAUUCACUGGGCAUCGGGCAUCUGUGUGAAUUAUUUUGUUGAUUUCGGUGAGAUAUAUUUGCUAGUUGGACAAUAAGAUAAUUAAAAUGUUAAUGUAGUAAAUGUGAUACGGAUUUUAUGAAUGGGAUGAAAACAGAUGUGAAAUAACAGUUUAACGAGCUGAAAGAUGGUCGGCAGGUCGACAGCUCUUAUUUGAUCUUUAGUUUGGCUUUUAAUUGUUAUAAAAAACAUAAACGCGGAUUAGUGUGACUUGCAGCACCUUGGCUGUAUUUGAAUGCAUCAUUUGGUGUAAACCCGUGGACUGGGCUUCUAGUUCAAGAAGGUGAACUGUUUCAAAAUGUGGAGAAGAGUGUGUAAAAAAAUUCUUAGAAGCUUGUAAAGGCUUCACUCGACGCAAGGAGAGAGAAAGCAAAUGGAAAAAAAAAACACACACAAGGACAACUUGAUAAAAAAAACGUUAGGAGGUGAUCGUAUCAUGGAAUUUGCUUCCAGAUGAAGUUCUGCCUCUCACUCGAUUAUCUUUGUAGAGUUUUCACUGCGCAACUCAGGCCUGUCUUUUAUUUUUGUUUUAUUUUAUUAUUUUUUUUAAAGCAGCCAGUCCCCUCUUCCAGAAAUCCUUUUCGGUGGUGCUAUAAUAAACCAUUUUCCCUGGGCUUUAUUGAUCAGUCACUCUGAGCUAAUGUAAUUAUCCUCAUCAAUAGGGGGACUGCAGGGAGAAUCAUUAUGCGGUUGACAUUGAUAAAUGAUCAGCCAAAUGCGGCCCUUUUCUCCCAGGGACCCCCGCCUCUGACCCGCUCACACAGGCCUACAUAACGUAGUCAUAGAAACACCUUAUGGCAAGAGGGGAGAAAAGUGCUGAAAUGUUUUUUUUUUUUAAAGGAGGACAGCACGCGCGCACACAUGCACAAGCACGUGCACAAGCCUACACACACGCACACACGCACAGGGCUUGAAACCCGUCCCCCAGAGCGAGCCAUUUUGGGGACAGCCAGCUGCAGAGCGAAGGACACUCAGCCCCCGCGUGCGCGUCCAUUUUUAUGACCACUAUCCAAAUCAGCAAUCUGAGAGAAAAAACAAAGAGGAAGCUAAACUUUUUUUUUACGCGUUUUCCCGUCGCUGCCAGCAGACGCACGUGUGUUUCUAAAAAUAUUUGCAGUCUUUUCUCUGAGCUCGCGCGCGCGCCUCUGUAGCAGAUCCUCUGCAGGGAACAAAAAGAGCCUGUAACAUAAGUAUUAUUAACGUGUUGCCUCUGUGACGCACAAACACACGCACGCACGCACACAGUGUAUCUAACGGGUGAACUGCGUGUGAACUUUUAAUAUUGUUGCACGGGGCGAAGUGAGUGUCUUCCAGAGGAAGCGGUUGCAUUGUGCAGCAGUGCAGAGGGAAUAUAUUCCUUAUUUUAUUCCUGCAGCAGCAACCCAGACUGGCUUUGACAGGGAGGAGAUGAAGGGGAGGAGUUGUUUAGCUCGGCUGGAUCAUCCAUCAUCCCUGUCACGCCGAAUCGGCAAAAGGAAAGCAGCAGAGGCAAUCUACCUUCUGUCUCAUCGGGGAAGAGGGGGGAGAAGGGGGGAGGGAGGGAGGGGAAGGGUGGUGGAGUUGGUGGUGGUUGGGGGGGGGGCUAUUAAUAUUAAAAUCCUCUCCAUCCACAGUAAUCCUCACGUUUUCUUUCUUUUUCAUCUGAUAAUCACCACACAAAACGGAGAACUUCUUCCUUCCGUUUUAUCCACAGGGUAAUAGAGCACCAAAAAAAAGUUAUAGAUUUUAAAAGAACAAGACGUGUCAGUAACCUGACCAAUAAAAGUCUAGAUUGUUCUCUAAGGCCUGCAGAUCAUUUACGGCAAAAUAAGGACAGAAAUGAGCUACAGCAACAAAAAAAUAAAAAAAAACACAUCUACGAAAUAUUUAAUAAACCAUAUAUAUAUAUAUAUAUA